AUGCAUUCAAUCAAGACAUCUUUUUUGUGGUCCUCAAUCCCUUGGGUAGACUCCGACUCUUACUGGUACAAGCAUAGUGUACCGUAUAUCACGGAUGCGACCUAUCUUCACACGAUAGAUGUCUGGACACCAAAGACAGCUGAACAAGCAUCAGUCCCAACAGACGACUACAUACCUAACAAAAAAGGUCCGUGGGUAGUUUAUAUCCAUGGAGGUGCUUGGCGCGAUCCUCUUGUCGACUCAUCGUCCUUUGAAGCUACCGCUCUGAAAUUGCUUCAAGACCAGGAUACCCGAAUUGCUGGGAUCGCCUCUGUCAAUUACCCACUCUCCAGCCAUCCGAAUCACCCCACGCAUCCCUCCCCGCCUAAUGAUCCCUCAGAGCCAAUUAAUGUCGCCAGAACUGCAAAGCAUCCUGAUCAUAUCAUCUCGGUACUCUCGGCUAUUGCAUUUCUCCAAGAGGAACUUGGCGUUGCCCAUGACUAUAUUCUAUCUGGACAUAGCUGUGGCGCGACGUUGACUUUUCAGGCUGUGAUGAACGCAGAUCGAUGGGCGACAGCUGGAAGUUCUGUGCCAAAGAUAAAGAAACCCUCCGUCAUUGCACCCUUGAACGGUCUCUAUGAUCUGGCUGCUUUCAUCGGCAAUCCGCCCGACACCCACAAAGCUCUCCAGCCUCUCUAUGUCGCAUUCACAAAGAACGCCUUCGGAGACAAUGCGGAAGUAUGGAAAGCUGCUUGCCCUACGGUUGUCUCCAAUUGGAUAACAGAGUGGCCCGAGGGAAAAGCUGUCUUCAUUGCGCAAAGCAAGAACGAUACCCUGGUACCAUAUUCUCAGACCGAGCUUAUGAGAGCUCACUUAAAGAGUAACUCGAAACUAGAAAUUUUCGAGAUGCCGGCAAGUGGUGACCACAAUGACUUGUGGAAGCAGGCAGAUGAGAUUGUGGAGAUCAUGAAACAGGCAAUUGGUUAUGCAAUCAGAGUGUAG